AUGUCUCCUCUUAAAAUGUUUCGACAAACCUAUUCGUAUUUCUUUACCUUCUUUUUAGGUCUCCUGUUCUUCAUUAGUUAUUGCUCCUGUUUCAAUCCAAAACUGUUGGAUGUGUCACUAGUUACUGAGUCUGGUUUCUUGUCGGCGGGAGCUACAUGGUACGGAGGUCCAAAUGGUGCUGGCAGUGAUGGUGGCGCUUGCGGUUAUAGGAGUGAUGUAGGGAAACCACCUUUCUCUUCGAUGAUAUCAGCUGGUGGCCCUUCCCUUUUUAGGUCGGGCAAAGGGUGUGGUAACUGUUAUCAGGUUAAAUGUACAUCACAUUCAUCUUGCUCGGGAAAACCAGUAACUGUGGUGAUUACAGACGAGUGCCCAGGUUGUGUCUCACAAUCAACCCAUUUUGAUUUGAGCGGUACUGCUUUUGGAGCCAUGGGUCUUUCCGGCCAAGCGCAACAAUUGAGGAAUGCUGGCGUCUUGCAGAUACAGUAUAAGCGAGUGGCAUGCAAAUACCCAGGCACCAAUAUAGUAUUUAAGGUUGAUGCUGGUUCGAACCCUAACUAUUUCGCUUCUCUGGUUGAAUAUCAAACUGGACAAGGCGAUAUUGCUUCUAUUGAUCUUCAAGAAAUAUCAGUUUCUUCUAAUUGGCGACCAAUGCAACGAUCAUGGGGUGCUGUGUGGAAGUUGGACUCAGGAACUGCAUUAAAAGCUCCAUUUUCUCUACGUUUGAAGUCUGGUAACGGGGAAACGAUUAUUGCGAAAAACGUCAUUCCAGCAGGGUGGCGAGCUGGCGUAACAUAUCGGUCGAACGUCAAUUUCAAUUAA